CGUCACCGGAAGUGUCCAGUUGCUAAGCUGCGGGUCUGCAGCAGCCAACAACUUUUUAUUUGUAAAGAAGUCGGCGUCGGGCGUUUCGCUAGUCAACUUUGACCGCGCCUUUGCUUCACCUGGACCGCAGCGGAACAGUGGGAGAUGACUCGUCUUUUCAGGUGGACCUGGCUGAUGUCUGGCGUUCCAGUGAGAUCCAGUCAUUAGUCUGAGCCGGCGAGACCGUCAUGGCUGCUGCAAGCGCCACUAAGAUCUCAUGGCGACUACAGGAGUUUGAGGCUCACACCAGUCGAGUCUCCUGUGUGUCUUUGGGAAAAAGUUCUGGUCGUCUGCUGGCCAGCGGUGGUGAAGACUGCAGAGUCAACAUCUGGUCUGUGAGCAAGGCCAACUGCAUCAUGAGUCUGAGCGGUCACAAGAAGCCAGUGGAGUGUCUUCACUUCAACAUGUCGGAGGAGCUGCUGGCCACGGGUUCUCAGUCUGGAGCCAUACGAGUGUGGGACCUGGAGGCCGCCAAGAUGUUGCGCACCCUGACGGGGCACAAAGCUAACAUCACCAGUUUGGGCUUUCAUCCUUUUGGAGACUUUUUGGCCUCCGGCUCCACGGACACAAACAUUAAGCUGUGGGACGUGCGGCGGAAAGGCCACCUCUACAGUUACAAGGGUCACACUCAGGCCGUCAGAAGUCUGGCCUUCAGCCCCGACGGGAAGUGGCUGGCGUCGGCGGGUGACGACCGCACCGUCAAGCUAUGGGACCUAAUGCAAGCCAAGACCAUCAGCGAGUUCGCCGCACACGAAGGCGCCGUCAACGCCAUCCAGUUUCAUCCCAAUGAGUACCUCUUGGCGUCCGGCAGCUCCGACAGGUCGGUGAAGCUGUGGGACCUGGAGAAGUUUUCCAUGGUGGCUUCGCUGGAGGGAGACGCCAGUCCGGUCAGGUGUAUCCUCUUCAGUCCAGACGGAAGCUGCCUGUUCAGCGGCUCCACGGACUCGCUACGCGUCUACGGCUGGGAGCCUGAUCGCUGCUUGGACUCGGUGGCAGUGGGGUGGGGCCGAGUGUGCGACCUGGCCGUCUGCAACGAGCAGCUUAUCGGCGCGUCUCACCAGCUGAGCAGUGUGGCAUCCUACGUGGUCGACCUGAAGCGCGUCAAGACGAGUGCCGCCGCUGCGCUUCCGGGAAUCGUCCAGAGCCAGGAGCCGUCGGCCGAGCCCAAAGGAGGCGUGCUACGCCGCAGCUACGAGCGACCCGCGACCGCCUGCCGCUCUCAAGGGGUGAAGUGCAGCUCAGACGCUGAUAGGCGGAGUCCCGAGGGCGAGAGGCGAAGCCCCAGCGAGGAUGAGGCGGACGAGAAAGUUUCCUCGGCUGAAAUCCACAACGCCGAAGACUACCAGGAAAUCUUCCAGCCUAAGAACGCCAUCUCUCGGACGCCGCCCAAGAUGCUGGAGCCUUUCCCCGCCCCCCCAGAGGACGAAUUGUCUUCAUUGUUCGGACAACAUGUCCCCAACGCGUCUGUAAUUCCCGACCAGAUGCAGGUGUCUCCAUUAGCCUCGUCCACACCCAUCCAGAGGGUGGAGCCAACAGUGGUCACCUGCGCCAAACAACCCGCCCCCCCCACCACAGGCCAAGUGUUCCCCACCCCCCCCGUCAGCGAGCCCCUGCCGCCACCGCUUCCUCAGACGGCCGUCAAACUGCAUCCUAAAAUCUUCCCGGUCGCCAGGAACGAGCCGAUCGGCCUCAACGUGGCCGACUUCCUUCCUUCGGCGCCUGACAAGAGGGCGGCGGUUCUGAGCGACGACGAGGCGCUGAGUCAGAUCCGCAAAGGUCACGACACCAUGUGCGUGAUGCUCAGCAGCCGUCACAAGAACCUGGACACCGUGCGAGCCGUGUGGGCCCGCGAGGGCAUCAAGUGCGCCCUGGACGCCGCCGUCUCCAUAAACGACCUUUCCAUCGUCGUGGACGUCCUCAACAUCGUCAACAUGCAGCCGUCGCUAUGGAAACUGGAUGUGUGCAUGACCAGUCUUCCUCAGAUUGACAAACUGCUGCAGAGUAAAUACGAGAGCUACAUUCAGUGCGGCUGUACGUCACUCAAGAUCAUCAUGAAAUAUUUCUGGCCGCUCAUCUCCGACACGCUCGGAGCGGCGCCGUCGGUCGGUGUGGACAUCACACGUGAGGAGCGACACCACAAGUGCAGGAUGUGCUGCAAGCAGCUGAAGAACGUCAACAACGUUGUGAAGAACAAGGCGUCGCAGGUCGGUCGCCACGGUUGCGCCUUCAGAGAGUUGCAGCUGCUGAUGGCACCGCUGGACGACGCGCUUUGACAACGAGGACUUUGAAGAGCUUUGCAUCCUUUCAAUAAAGUUACAAGCAUUUGGAGACCAGGGGUCUUUCUUCCAGCCUGGAGACCACGUUUCUCCUUGGACUCAAGCCCUCACCCGGGAUGAAAGUGAGAACAUGGAGUGUUCUUUGCCUCACCCACGAGCUCAGACUCCUGCAUCCGUGAGGCGCUGGUGUCCCCUGCCUGGACAAGGUGCUGUUCUUCGCCGAAUUUGAUUGAAUCGCUUUCGGAUUACAUGAAUUACAUGAACCCUGACUCCAUAUUUCCCGGGUCUUCACCACCACAUCAGGGUGUUGAUUCAAGGAAAAGGUUGGAAGAAACGCUGGGAACACGAUGAGUACUCCUACCAUUACCAGAAAUGAUGAUCUCAGUACUACUACUAUUGAUCACUACAAAUGCAACAUAGUACACAAACGCUACACUGAGCGCUGAAUCAUCUGUUCACGUGCUGCCAUGUUGGAUGUGGCAAGAGCGAGCGGAGCGAGUGCGUGCCUUGCUGUCCAACCUACCUCGGUGUUCCCAGUGUCAGCGAGUGACGCGUGGCUGGGUCUGUACUAAUGUCCAUGCAGUCACUUUAGAUUUUAUCAUACUUGACAUUUGUCAGAUCAAAACACGUAGAUGUUCCGACUUAAUCACUGAGUGGUUCUAUUGGUGCCGUGUUUUGCUUCAUUAAUAAUUUUACUGUUGCGGCCGACAGUUCUCAUACGCAGAAGAAAUCCGUGUGGACACUUUAGCGACAUUGUGGAGGGAUGUUCAUUAAAAGUGAAGGACAGGAA